AUGGCAGGGAAAAUCUCCGACGAUACGACGACCCAAGUGUCCGAGGCCCCUCGAAUCUGCAGAAAGCCUCCGAGAAAAUACCGCGAUCCCCAGACUGGCCAGCAAAUAUCUACCCAGGGUCCCUUUUUGCCCGCCUUUGUUGCCGAGAAUGGAAUUCGCCACGAUCCAGCCCAGACGGGCAUGCACGCCGAUUACGCGGCUUUUAGUGCGCCAUUUAUCGAUUAA